AUGGACCCUAAGGCGGGUGGCGGCGAGGAGGAUGACUGCGUGGACUCGGGCGCCGAGACUGGAGGGUCCGACUACAGCCAUGUGUCCUCCACCAGCAGUGAGUACUCCACGGAGGAGGCGCAGGACCCUUUCCUGGUCAGCAUCCACAUCAUCGCGGACCCAGGGGAAUCCCGCCCCCUGCAGGAGGCCAUCGACAAGGUCUUGGCAUGGAUCCACCCGGACCUCCCGCUGUUCACGGUCUCGGAAAGGCGGGCGUGCCGCCGGCGGAGGAGGGCCCCCAAGGCGGCACAGCCGGCGCUGGCGGUGGUGCUCUUCCUGCAGGAGGAAUACGGCGAGGAGCCGAUCCUGCAGCUGCACCGCACGCUGCAGCGGCCGCCCUGGCGCCACCACCACACGGAGCGCGUGCCCAGCAGGUUCCUGCCCUACCUGCCCUGCAGCCAGGACUUCUUCACGCUGGCCCCGGGGACGCCGCUCUGGGCCAUCCGGCCGGUGCACUACGGCAAGGAGAUCGUGCGCUUCACCAUCUACUGUCGCCAUGACAACUACGCGGACAUCCUCAAGUUCUACGAGCUGAUCCUCAGGCGGAGCCCCAGCCAGAAGAAAGCGGACUUCUGCAUCUUCCCCAUUUUCUCCAAUCUGGACGUGGACAUCCAGUUCUCCCUCAAGAGACUGCCCUGUGACCAGACCCCGGUCCCCACCGACUCCUCCGUGCUGGAGUUCCGGGUCAGGGACAUCGGCGAGCUGGUGCCACUCUUGCCCAACCCUUGCAGCCCCAUCAGUGAGGGGCGCUGGCAGACGGAGGACCAUGACGGCAACAAGAUCCUUCUGCAGGCACAGAAGGGGCACAGGAAGCGCCCUAAACCUGGCAGGGCUCACCAGGCCUCAGAGCAGAAACCUGGCUCCACGUCUUCCCCAGGCGCCACUGCGCAGAGCCGGACCCCAGGCCACCCGCAGCCACCACUGGACACGUCACACCCGGGGCUCGGCCAGGCAGGUCCGUCUACCAGGCACCCGCAGGAAUUUGCCAGACGUGCCACCUGCCCUCCCAGCCUGCCCUGGUCUUUCCAGAGAAGCAAGUCCUUGUUUUGUCUGCCCACCGGAGACCCCUCCCCGGCCAACGCGGCAGAAGCGCAGCGGUCUGCAAGCUCAGGCGGCGGGGGACAAAGGGCGCCAGAGCGGGGGCACAGCCACCUCCUCUCCAUCGAUGACCUGGAGGGGGCCCAGGAGACGGACGUGGACACCGGGCUGCGGCUCUCCUCCUCCGACCUGUCCGUGGUCUCUGCCUACUCGGCACCCAGCAGGUUUUGCAGCCCCGAGGAAGCACCGCGCCCCCCAGAACGAGGCAGCGGCCUCUGGUCAGAGCGCAGGGGCUUCAGAGAAGGACCCCUGCCCACUGGGGGCGGCGAGACCGCGGGGGGCCCCUGGGCCACCCUCCCUCUCUUCAAAGGGCCUUCGGGCUCCUCGGCCACAGCCGUCGCCGCUCCCCCAGCUUCAGACACCUCCUUGCUCACAGAGUCACCCCCAGAAUGCCCUUCCCAUGCCCCCCAGGCCGGGCAGACUGGCAGAGACGUCCCAGCACCCUCAGUGCUGGCCAGAUGCGGGGACAAUGACACGGAGGAAUUCUACAUCUGA